AUGAAUGAUACAAAUGAAUCCGUGCCGCCGCCCCAGAACGGGCAAGCCGCAAGAUUUGUGUUACCCGCUGAUGUCGUGUCCGGCGUGCGUACGAGCGCCGACGCGACGCUCCAUGCGUCGCCGCCGCGCCCAUCGCCAUUUUUACACGUGCCGUUCGCGCAUGGUGCGGACGCACCAGGCCACGAGGACCUUUUUGAAGAGGGACGUAGUCACCGUAGAGCGCCGGCUGCAGCCGCGCUUCCUAUCCCGGAGACGUCUCGAGCUUCUUGCGUACCUACCACAUCAAAAGCACUGAGCCAUAGGCCCCGAUGUGUGUACUGCAAACAAUAUGGUCACGCGAGGGAGGAUUGUAACAGGUUGAAAGAAAAGGCUUCGAGUGUAGUAACAAAAGCAAAGAAAUCACUUGAGCGAUCUCAAAUAACUUGUUUUGGUUGUGGAACGCCCGGUGUUAUACAUGCAAAGUGUAUAAAGUGUAGUAAAACCGCCGCGAAUACCGCGUUUCACACAGUGUCCGCAAUCGGGUCGAAGCCAGUAGAUCCGAGGAGUCGACCACUCCUAGAAGUGUUAGUGUACGGUGCUAGGGGUCUUGUAUUGGUCGAUGCCGGGGCGAAACAUUGUAUCGCGAGUGAAAGCUUAAAAGCUAAUUUAUAUAAGAACAACCAUAAAUUUGUUAAAGUUAGGACAGAUUUGAAAUUUGCUGAUGGCACUGUAAAAAAUUUAGCUGUUGAUACUGCUCAAGUGGAGGUGACGGUGUUAGACAUAGUAGUGUCGACACUUUUUAUCGUUCUUCUCGGUGCCACAGAUUCGCUGUUAGGCAUGAAUUUCACUAAGGAUUCUUUUAUGGUACUUGAUUUUAAUCGGAAUUUAUGGGGUUUAAAGGGUUCGUUGAUCCAUGCUCUUGAAUUUGAGGGACCUUUAGAUAGUUUUCGCGUAGCAUGCUCGACUGUGGGUCUCCCACACGAUGAGGGAACUUUUUUGAAACCUGAAGAGAGGCGAGAGUUAUUAGAUGUUCUGGAAAGGAACCAGGAUGUCAUUGAGCCAGGGGGAGCCCCUACGACUUUUGCCGUCCACCGCAUUGAUACUGGAGAUCAUGCACCAGAUCGAGUGUCCCCUGCAAAAAGAGAAGUAAUGAAGAUACAAGCAUUCAACUUGGACGUUAAUUAUGCACCUGGGAAGAUGAAUGUCAUCGCAGAUACUCUCAGUCGUCCAUUGGAAGAUCCUGAAAUUAAGAAAAUUAUUGAUGAUUUUGAAGACGAUGAUCCAGACGCAGCAUUGCGCUGGACACGAAGAGGGUACUAUAUGACUCAGGGAGUCCUUUAUCGUGCAGAUCCUGAAGGAGAAGCAGAUGAGCCAUUGCUGGUGGUGCCAGAAUCGCAACGCGCAGAAUUAAUGAAGGAGCUGCACGACGCGCCGACCGCUGGACAUCUCGGCUUGGAACGCAGCCUGACGAAGAUUAAAGAAAGAUAUUAUUUUCCACAUAUGCGAACCUUUGUAGCUCAAUACCUCAAGUCAUGUGACAUAUGUAAGCAACAUAAGUCUACAAACCUGAAACCUGCGGGUCUAUUGCAGACUCCGACCCCUCAACAACGCUUUGAAGUAUUAGCGAUGGAUCUGUUCGGUCCACUACCAGCUGAAAGCCAGGGGGAGGUCAAAUGGAGAAUCGAGGAGCAAGAGGAUCGCCAAAAAGCUGUGGAGGGCCAACGCCGACGACCAACAGCAAGGUUUACU